CGAGACCAUGGUCCACUCCCACAUCCUCCUCCGUCUCACUCCCCUCUCUCCCCACGCUCAGAAGUGGAAGCGUUUUUAAGCUGGCGUGUGCGCGAGGAGGUCUGAACUCUGGACGCGCGCAGAGCUCCCAGAGCGCGGCAGCGGCGGAAGGCGCGAAACCUCUUUGAUCAGAGCCCAGCAGCAACAAGACACCCAAUCUGGUUGCGCGAGCUGGAGAUCAUGGUGAAGGAGGAGGAGGUCAUGGCGGAGGCCGGAGGAGGUGGGGGAGGAGGGAGGGGGUACAUGGACAUGCUCGGCCUCGGGGAGGAGGCCAUGGCCGACUACUUCCUCUGCCUCUCGCCGUCCUCCUCCGCCGCCAUCUCCACCACCACCAGCGCCAGCGCCAGCACUCAUGCGGUCGCUUCUCCCACCUGCGCCUCCUACCUGCAGCCUCCUCCGGCGGCGCCGUACCACCACGUCCUCAGGUUCGGCGGCCGGGCGGAGCAGCAGUACCACGGAGGCGGCGACGUCUUCGGGUUCCAGUACUACUACUACGGCGCCGGCGGUCCCGCGAUCCCAGUGGCUGCCCCGCAGAAGUCCAGCCCGACCACCGACUGCUCCUCCUCCAUCUCCUCCAUGUCGUCCUCGCCCACCGCCACCGCCGCCUCGGUCAUCUCCACCUCCAAGCCACAGCCGACCAAGAAGAGAGGAUCAAGAAGCAGCGGCGAUCAGAGAAAGGCUGCUCCACCCGCCGCUUCCUCGAACAAGAGGCCCAGGGCGAGGAAGGAGCGGCUCGGGGAGAGGAUCCUGGCGCUGCAGCAGCUGGUUUCUCCGUUCGGGAAGACCGACACGGCCUCCGUCCUGCACGAGGCGCUCGGCUACAUACGCUUCCUGCACGACCAGGUUCAGGUCCUCAGCUCGCCGUACAUGCAGCGCCUGCCACCGCCACCUUCCCCCGCCCCGCUCCCGGAGGAGCCGCGGGCGCCGAACGACCUGAGGAGCCGGGGGCUGUGCCUCGUGCCGGUCUCCUGCACCGACCACGUCGCCGGCGGCAAUGCCAACGGCGCCGACGUCUGGUCGUCGGUGCCGGCGAUGGGCAUGCCGGCCACGGCGGAGGAGGAGUACGCGGUCGCUGCUGGGAUGCUUCGCGGGGAUAGGGAUCAUCAUCCUAGGCAGCUGGCCUAGCUUAGCUCCGGUUAAAUUUACAGCUUUAGCUUGGUUUACUCUAGAGUACUUUCAGGUAGACUCCUCAGGGUUAAUCCGCGGUACCGGUAGGACUCCGUGAGCUUCUUUUUUGGAGGGUUUCUGUAGGCGCACGGGCCGUGGCCGUGAUCCAUGUAACCAUGUUCCGGCAUAAAGGUGGCUCGAACCAAGUGUGCAGA